AUGCCGCGUGCAAAACGUGAAAGAGAAGUUUCAUUCACAAAAGUAAAGAAAAAAACGAAAGAAUCGAAAAGAAAUUUGGUGAAUGAUAUUCAUCGUUGCAUCGAUUCUUAUAAAAAUAUUUUUAUAUUUGUUGUUGAAAAUAUGAGGACAACUAAUUUUCUAAAAAUCAGGCAAAAGUACAAGAAUACUUCGCGCUUUUUCUUCGGGAAAAAUAAUUUAAUGGCAGUUGCAUUAGGCCGAGACAAAGAUAAGGAAUAUGCCAAGGAUUUGAGUAAGAUGUGUCCGUGUUUAAAAGGUCAAUGUGGCUUAAUGUUUACGAAUGAAAGCAAAUUUUCAGUUAUUAAAUUUUUUGAGGAAUUUCAUGAAAUGGAUUUUACUCGGUGUAGUCAGAUUGCAACCAAAACUAUUGAACUGUCGGAAGGACCAUUACCUCAAUUUCCUUUUUCUAAUGAAUAUCAGUUAAGGCAACUUGGAUUGCCAACUAAACUGGAAAAAGGUGUUGUUAAAUUAAUUUCUGACUAUACUGUGUGCAAGGAGGGUGAGCAGCUAACUGCUGAACAGGCACGACUCUUGAAAUAUCUUGACAUAAAGAUGGCAACAUUUAAAAUUACUUUGUUAGGACAUUGGUCCAAGAGUGAUGGGUUUAAUUUAUUUAAUUAA